GUCGCGGAACGGGCAUUAUCGGCCAGUUCGUCGUGGCGGUAGGUGCCUUUGCGUCGUCGUCGGUUUCCUCGGACUCACGUCGUCGUAUCGGCGUCCGAAAAUGCGAUCCUCCUGCGCGUUCGUCGUACUCCUAGCAGUCGCCGCGGCGACAGCGGAGGUGUAUUUGGAGGAGAAGUUUAACGACGAUUCAUGGGAAAAGAAUUGGAUCUAUUCCGAACAUCCUGGCAAAGAAUUCGGGAAAUUUGUUUUAAGCCAUGGAAAAUUCUGGAAUGAUGAAGAUAAUGAUAAAGGUAUCCAGACAUCACAAGACGCAAGGUUUUAUGCUCUCAGUAGAAAAUUUACUCCAUUUAGUAAUAAGGAUAAGACCCUUGUUAUUCAAUUUACUGUGAAGCAUGAACAAAAUAUUGACUGUGGUGGUGGAUAUGUUAAAGUAUUUGACUGUUCUCUCGAUCAGAAAGAUAUGCAUGGUGAAAGCCCAUAUCAGAUUAUGUUUGGACCGGAUAUUUGUGGACCUGGAACCAAAAAGGUCCAUGUCAUCUUUAGUUACAAAGGAAAGAAUCUUCUAAUCAAUAAGGAUAUUCGUUGUAAGGAUGACAUUUACACGCAUUUGUACACUUUAAUUGUCAAACCUGAUAACACCUACAAGGUGCUUAUUGAUAAUGAGGAAGUUGAAUCCGGCGAGUUGGAAGCAGAUUGGAGCUUCUUACCUCCAAAAAAAAUUAAAGAUCCAUCUCAGAGCAAGCCCGCAGAUUGGGACGACAAACCCAGCAUCGACGAUCCCAAUGAUAAGAAACCUGAGGAUUGGGACAAGCCUGAGCAUAUUCCCGAUCCUGAAGCGGUUAAACCCGAGGAUUGGGAUGACGAGAUGGACGGCGAAUGGGAAGCGCCUAUGAUUGACAAUCCCGAUUAUAAGGGCGAAUGGAAACCGAAACAAAUCGACAAUCCCAAUUACAAAGGACCAUGGAUCCAUCCUGAGAUCGAUAACCCCGAAUACACGCCCGAUCCUGAGUUGUACAAGCGCGAUGAGAUCUGCGCUAUCGGUUUUGAUCUGUGGCAAGUUAAAUCCGGUACCAUUUUCGAUAACGUUCUGAUUACCGACGAUUCAGAACUUGCACGCAAAUUUGGAGAAGAUGUCUGGAAACCCACCUUUGAAGGUGAGAAGAAGAUGAAGGAGGCGCAGGAUGAGGAGGAGAGGAAACGAAGAGAUGCGGAGGCUAAGGAAAACGAAGAUAAUAAGGAUGAUGAGGACGACGAAGACGUGGACGAAGAAGAACAGACUCAACCAGAUACCGAAAAUCAUGACGAAUUGUAAAUAAAUGUGUGUCGCGUGUGGACGUAAACACACAGACUGUAUUCCAAGAGCUACAUGGUCGCGACAUACACUGAAUCCUCCUACAGGCACAAAAUUGUAAUCUAAAGACACAAAUAGUAAAAGAGCAGGAUAAUACGUCGAUUACGUCAUCCGCUGCCUUGUCCACGAGAACAUUACAUUAAAUUUUGUUUUAAGCUUCUAAACCAAAUUUCGCCGGUUUUUUCAACGUUUCGCUAGUGUUUUUGGCCUUGGUACCACAGCGCCUAAAACAUUCUUAAUCGCCCAGAAACUUUCGAGUGAGUUUAUUAUCCUAAAGUAUUACAUGCUUAGAGAUCAAGUGAUCGACAUUUUUGCGAAGUGUGUGCUAUGGAAUACGAAAGAACGGAUAAAAAAAUAGAAAAAAGAAAAAAAGAAGUGUAGAGAAGAGGAAAACGAGAAGAGAGUCGUCUAUCCCGUGUCUACCAUCGACGCAGCUCCACAAAAGACUCUAAGUUGUUCCGUUUUUGUUUGUCAAGUGUUUUUAUAUACAUUAAAAAGUAAAUUGAAAUGUAAUUUAAAUAACUCGAUAUUAUAUAUAAUAUAUACAUUACUUCAAUUUCCGUACAAUGUACGCAUGAUUCAAAAAAAGAGAAAACUCGCUCCACUUAUAAGAACGAAAAAAACGUAAGAAUGAUAGAUGUGUGCAAAUGUGACUGAAUGAUAAUAAUUGGUAUGAUUAUGUAUCAGAGGCAGUCCAAUAACCGUGUAAUAAAAUAAAUAAGACUUUUUCUA